AUGAACACCUCAACAACCGUGACAACCACCGUCAAUGUGCUCCGCCAGGCUGCGACACGCUCGGCGGGUCGAGCCUCUUCCUCUGCUCGCUCGAGCACACCCAGCUCAUCUCGCAUGCUCACCACCACCUCCGCGGCUCAAUCUGCCUCCAAGUCGGCACGCACCACCCUGCGAACGCACCCCGUCGUCAUUGGUCCAACACAGCUCAACCGCUACCAGGAGCACUACCAAAGCACCCUCGCCUCUGAUCUGCUUUACAUGUCGUUCGAUCCCGCGCUCAACAUCGACUCCUCCUCUUCCGCCGCUGCCUCAUCCUCGGGCGACCUUCAAGACAGGCAACGCUCUUGGAACCUCACCGAUCCGUACACCGUCAACCGACCGCAACGCCCCGCACGUGGUAACCGUCGUCUCUCUCCUCUCACCAAAGCCUUCUCCCCCACCAACACGCUCAACGAGAUCCCCAAACUCGAUCGCAUCAUCCUCACCUGCUUCAGCAAGGAUGCCAUUACGAACAAGCACAACCUCGUGCCGCUCAUUGCGCAGAUGCGCGCCAUCACGGGUCUCAGCGUCGAGGGCUCUUCCGCGGACCCUUCGCUGCUCGGCGCCGACAGCGGCACCGGCAAGCGCGGACACAUCGAGAUCAUCCGUGCCAAAUCCGGCGUGGCCUCGUUCAAGCUUCGACCGGGGAUGCCGGUCGGCGUCAAAGCGGUGCUCCCCGGCCCGGUGGCACAUGAAUUUUUGGAGGUGCUCACAACCUUUGUGCUGCCUAGGUUGAGGAGUUUUGGUGGAUUCCCUCUGCCCCCUGCGAGCCAGCCGCCCGCGAGCCCAGCAGCCAUGUCAGGAGUGGUGAGUCUGGGAAUGCACCCAGAGGCCAUUCCGUUGUUCCCCCAGAUCGAGAUCAAUCUGGACCAGUAUCCCAACAAGCCGCUCGGCUUCCAGAUUGAUUGUAUCACCAACCAGAGGGGUAGGAAGGCGACCGAGAAGGCGAGGGCGCUGCUGUCCGGCAUGGGAAUUCCGUUUGUUCGAAGGGGUGACAUGUAG